AUGACUGUUCUCCGGACCUCAGAUGGAACAACUACAGCAUCGGGAAGGGGGAUGGAAAAAGUCAUUCACGACUUCUACUCUGAUCUCUUCGACAGCCACGUCCCCUUGCCUCCUCACCAUCUGAGGAAAGAUGGAUAUGUCAUUCCAAAGGUGCUCCCUUCCGAAGUCCGACAUGCUAUCAUGUCGGUAAGAAAUCAUACGGCACCCGGUCCUGACAGAAUAAGACCGGAACACCUGAAGAACCUACCGCCAGUCCUCAUCAACACGCUGACGAAGCUCUUCUCUCGUUAUCUGUCGGAAUGCAAGAUUCCUAAGCAAUGGAAAACCAGCAAAACCGCCCUGUGA